GCGUCUGUCCCCCUGGAAUGCACUUCCCCUGAUCCACAUAACAUCUGCUGACAGCAUAGCGGACCCCCACAGGGAAACUGGUCCUUUUAGGGGUUUUUUGUAUCACAGAGCUUCGACCAGCAGACAAAAUGAAGCCCAAAUCUCUUCCAUUGGGGUUGUUCGACGGAAAUUCUGCAUCAGGUGAAAAAACGAACGUGCGAGCGGCAAAAUACCAACGGCAAGUGGAUGACCAGGAGAGUCCGUCUCACUCGGGGGCAGAAAACGGCGCACAAAACGAGAGGUGCCACAGAGAGGUUCACUUUGCAUUUCUGCCGGAGAGGUAUGAGCCACUGGUGGAUGAGGAGGCGCGAGUCACGGCAAAAGAAGAGAAGAAGAAAAGGAAGAAAGGAAAGUACAAAAAAGUCAAGAAGAAUGUCGGGAAGGCCCUGCGCUGCACCUGGAAGUGUCUGAAGCUCGGUCUGUACAACUUCGCCCUCGGCUACUCUACUCCGAUCAUGAUGGCUGCUGCUUUCGUCCCCGACUAUCACCAAGGCAGAGACGCAAUCUGAGCCCAGCCACCUGCACCUCCUCUGCAGCGAACGGACACCGAGCAAAUACUUUUCAUUUGUUUAAAAGUAUUUUGUGUCACGUUUUUAGAGCUGUAAUGAAGAUCUGCGUAUUAUGCUGUUGACACAAUGAGGUGGCCUUUUUCACUGCUGACAUUUUGACUUGUUACUAAUAAUAUUUAUGAUACUCUAACCUUAAAUCUGUGCUUCUUAGUGUGACAUUUUUAUUAUUAUCAAUUUUUCCAGCCUUAAUAAUAUACAAGAUUGCUCCUUCGUUCGACCAGAUUUUUAGGGAAAAUACCCAGUUAAGAUCUCAAAAUCAUAGAUGGACUGUAUACAUUUUGCUAUAAUGCACACAGUAUGUAGGCUGUGUACUUCUCAUUAAACCUAAACUACAUAUUAACCACAGAAAAACAUGUGCAUUUUUAGUCAAGCAUCUUGCUGUUGUUUUCAGGUGUGGAGAGGGAUGUGGGGAUGUGGCACCUGCAGUGGGACAGCGGGAAUGACUGAAACAUUUGCUGCAGCUGCAGACAAAGCAAAUCGAGGCAAAAUACCUUUUUACAGGCAGGAAACAGUCAAAGUCGGAGUAAAGCAGGGCUGAAGGGGUGUGAACAGGCCGACUGGAACAAUGAUCAACUCAUUUAAGCAUCAUACCGACGGCCAUUAGGCUGCGGAUGACAGACGGUUAUUAAUAGGCUGUGGAUACACUUCAUUUUCAUGUACGUUUGGAAGAUUCUCUGAAUGUAACUUUUUGCUGUGCAUUUGGAAGCUAGUUUCUGACAUUUCAGUGUUUCUGUACGUGUAUGAGUUUGUUCAGUUUGAAGGUAUUUCAUGACAUGAUAUUUGUAGGUUGAUGUGUGAUCAAAUGUUCAUAAACUGCAACAAAACAAAGUAAUUUGAUGAUGGUGGACAAAGGAUUGUGAAUAAAGAAAUAAAUAAUCAACACAGA